AUGGACGUGUCGGCGAUGCAGCUGCAGCGACAGCGACAGCAGUUCGUCCACCACCUGCAGGUCCAGCAGCAGCAGCAAGGUACGCACCACCAGCCGCUGCCACCGUCGCCGCCGCCGCACCAUGGCCAGCAGCAGCAGCACCAGAACAGCAGCGGCGGCGGCGGCGGCGGCAGCAGCAGGGCCGCCGGCGGCCGAAGGUGCUGCCCGCUGCGGCGGUCGCGCAAGGGGUGCAUGAAGGGCAAGGGCGGGCCGGACAACCAGCAGUGCCCCUACCGCGGCGUCCGCCAGCGGACCUGGGGCAAGUGGGUGGCCGAGAUCCGCGAGCCCAACCGCGGCGCGCGCCUCUGGCUCGGCACCUUCGCCAGCGCGCGCGAGGCCGCGCACGCCUACGACAACGCGGCCAGGCAGCUCUACGGCGACUGCGCGCGCCUCAACCUGCAGCCGACUCCUCCUCCGGUGGUUUCUGCGGCGGCGGCAGGCGGAGGAGGAGGAGGACCGGCGGUCGUCGUGGUGUCAUCUCCGUCCCCUGACACCGUGGCUGCUGGCCCUGCUGCUGGUGGUGGUGGUGGGCACAACCGCCACCACCAGUACCUCCAGCAGCAGCAGCAGGCCGCCAUGGCGUCGGCGCCUAUGAUGAUGAUGCAGUACUCCUCCAGCUACUCCGCUGACGCGUCGUCGUCCAACUCCGACUCCUUCUCCAACUCCUACUCCAGUUCGUCGCCGGUGACGACCAUGGCGGCCUCGCACACCUACAACUACAACCACCACCAGACGUUCCAGAUGACGAUGGCGGCCACCGCGCCGCAGGCGCAGCAGGGCUGCCACGUCGACGACACCACCAGCACGAUGGAGAUGCAGCGUCACCAGCAGAUGCUGCGCGAGCUGGCGGCGGCGCCUCUGCACCAGGAGCCCGACGACUUCGAGGACUUCAUGACGCGGCUGCCCAAGGCGGAGGACUUCGGCCUGCAGGGCUUCCAGGAGGUGCCCCCCGAGGUGUUCGACGAAGCCGCCGGCAUCUGGGACCACACCGCCGCCGCCGCCUGGUCGACCCCCGCCACCAUGAUGAUCGACUCCGCCGCCGGCGCCGCCCAGCACCAACCGCAGCAGGUCGUCGUUCCUCUUUGA